CCAUUCAGCUCCCGCAGAGAAGCCAGAAGCCUGGACCGCCGUCGUAGGCAGAGGACAACUAGGGGACAGCAGGGAUUCUGCCCUCCCUCCCCGGAGCGCUUUCCCGCCAGCCAAACCCCACUCACCAGGUGGCCAUGGCCUCACUGCCCACUCGGGGCCCCGGGUUCCUUGACUUAUUCUCCCGGCUACCCCCGGUGGCCGCUACCCCAGCCAACCGGAGCUCUGAGGGCAAUGGCACCGCGGUCGGGCCAGACGCUCAGGCAGUCACGCCCUUCCAGAGCCUGCAGCUGGUACAUCAGCUGAAGGGGCUUAUCGUGCUGCUCUACAGCAUCGUGGUGGUCGUGGGGCUGGUGGGCAACUGCCUGCUGGUGCUGGUGAUCGCGCGGGUGCGCCGGCUGCACAACGUGACCAACUUCCUCAUUGGCAACCUGGCCUUGUCCGACGUACUCAUGUGCGCCGCCUGCGUGCCUCUCACGCUGGCCUACGCCUUCGAACCACGCGGCUGGGUGUUUGGUGGCGGCCUGUGCCACCUGGUCUUCUUCCUGCAGCCCGUCACCGUCUACGUAUCGGUGUUCACGCUCACCACCAUCGCCGUGGACCGCUACGUCGUGCUGGUCCACCCGCUGCGCCGGCGCAUCUCGCUGCGCCUCAGCGCCUACGCGGUCCUGGCCAUCUGGGCGCUGUCCGCGGUGCUGGCGCUGCCCGCCGCCGUGCACACCUACCACGUAGAGCUCAAGCCGCACGGCGUGCGCCUCUGCGAGGAGUUCUGGGGACCCCAGGAGCGCCAGCGCCAGCUCUACGCCUGGGGGCUGCUGCUCGGCACCUACCUGCUCCCCCUGCUGGUCAUCCUCGUGUCUUAUGUCCGGGUGUCGGUGAAGCUCCGGAACCGCGUGGUGCCCGGCUCGGUGACUCAGAGCCAGGCCGACUGGGACCGCGCGCGGCGCCGCCGCACUUUCUGCCUGCUGGUGGUGGUCGUGGUGGUGUUCGCCGUCUGCUGGCUGCCGCUGCACGUCUUCAACCUGCUGCGGGACCUCGACCCGCAUGCCAUCGACCCCUACGCCUUCGGGCUGGUGCAGCUGCUGUGCCACUGGCUCGCGAUGAGCUCGGCCUGCUACAACCCCUUCAUCUACGCCUGGCUGCACGACAGCUUCCGCGAGGAGCUGCGCAAGCUCUUGCUCGCCUGGCCCCGCAAGAUCGUGCCGCACCGCCAGAGUAUGACUGUCAGCGUGGUCAUCUAGUGCCUGUACGCCAGGCCUUGGCUGGGGACUCCGCGUCCGCUGGCCUCUGAGGGUGCCUGCCCGAGGCCAGACUGAAGAGCUUAUGCCCAGCAGCUGAGCUAAGCCAACGCCCCCAGGCCGGCCUCUUGCCCAGCUGUCUUGUCCAUGUGUCUUUGUAAAAUGUGAAGUGGGCUUUGGUGGGAGUCUAGUGUUUUGCUU